AUAUAUUGCUUUGCCGCUAUGCAGUGCAACACAAAAAGGCAUACAACUGAAAAAUAUAUAGAUAUAUUUAAAAUAAGAACGCGUUUUCAUCCUGGAAAGACAUUUGGACGUACUUUGAAAUUUCAGAGAAAGCGCUUCAGACUUCAUUGUGCUUCAUUGUGCGGUCUUAUGCUCUUAUCUAGAUUGGUGAAAGAUUAACUGCAGUGGCAUCAAAAUACAUGACAGCGCAUCAUCCGGAGCGUUCAGAGCAGCUGCUUAUAUGGGACUUUUAAAGACUGAGGUAUUCUGUAAAGUGCAGAGAAUGCUGAUGAGAAUGGUGAGAAGGAAAAGGAGGAGGGGAAUUGUCACAUCACUGGUUUCUGCAUAGGAAGGGUGAAAAAUCUCUGACCGACCAGUUGUCUACUCAAUCUCAAUAGUGAGACCUCAUGGACCACAGAGCUCAAAGAGACAAGAGCAGGGCCAGCUACUUCGGAAAUGUUAAGAACAGACUGGGUUCAAAGUUGCCAGCUGGGAUUACGCAGCCCCCAUGCUUCAUUACUGCUCCUUGUUCAGUCGGAGCUCAGGGUGCACUGGGAAAGAGUGCCAGACAGGAGUGUGUCAAAGGACAUCACCAAAUUCGAAACCCUAAACUAAGACAGUACUAUCUAAAGGAGGCAGUGUACCCAACUGAAGUUCCAAUGAAGACUUUGGAGUCACGCAGAAACAAUGGACAUUGGAUACCAAAGAACAAGGCCUCAUCAUCAACAGAAAUGGCCUCUGAGGCAGGCCCAGGACAAGAGCACAGCCUUGAUCCUACUGCGGGAACUGCGACUCUUGUGUCCCUUUCAACAGACGCGGAGUAUGACAAGCUGAUGGAUGUGGAGGCGGUGCCUUUACCUGAUGGAAAAGUGUGUUUAUUGGCUCUCCCAUAUGAAUGUUCUCAGGGGGAGGGGCCAGCAGGCAUGACUUGCCUAAAACUGUUUUCACAUUUCAUUACAGAUAGAAAGGGUGUGGUCUUUGGGAUAUUGCUGGUGACGUCCAAUAAGAUCUUCUUUGACCCUCAGAAGUGCCAACCACUUGUGCAGGAGAAUGGCUGUGAGGAGUAUGUGUUCUCCUGCUCUGUGGACGAUCUCACAUCAGUAUCCUUCUACAAGGACAUCACUCACGUUCACUUCAACAAGAACUCACACAGAUUUAUCAGUUGUAAGCCAUCAGAGAGCAAAAUGCACAGCCAGAGCCAAAAGCAAACCAAGUGCAGCUCCGAUCAGUCAGCGACAGACACAGUUCCUGCUCCUGAGUCCUGUGUUUCCCAUGAUCUGCCAGCGGCUCUUGGUGCGAUUGCUGAGAAAGGUGAAGAGCCUGGUGACAUGGCUGAGGCUGAGACACAGCUUACUUUGGAGUCUGGAGGAAUGCUAACUGCAGCUGCGGCCACCUUCUGUUAUGGAGGACCAGACAGUGUUCACAGAGGGAACACUGAAUAUGAACACAUGGACAGAGCUGAACUCCAGUCAUGUUUGGAUAGACAGUUGUUAGGCCUUGGUACUACUACAUUAAGUAGUGGUACAACCGGAUCUCUGAUGUUUGUGAAAAUUCGCCAGAAACAGCAGCAUGCGAACAGAUGGUCUUUCACUAAACUAAAAAGCUCUUCUAGAGACGCCUGGUUCACCAUGCUGCAAGACAGUUCAGACAAGCUGUAUGCUUACCUGAGCCAGCAUCGGCCAGACCUGUGCAUUCUGGAGAGCGGUGAGGAGGAUGAAGCAGAGAGGGAUGAAGAGGAUUUUGUGCUCCUGGAUGAGAAGGAGCAGGAAGAAGAGGAGGGGUCUCUAAGAGAAGGCCAGGCUGGGGAGGAUUGGGAGAUUGUGUCAGUGGAGGAGAGUAGGCCGAGAGCUUCUGUCUCCAUUGAACCAGAUGGUCUGAAUCACAUACUGAACCAGAGUGUCAUACUGGAUGCCCAACAAGUCAGAGAGAUCUCUCGAGAGCUGCCUCCACGGACGAUCGGACACACGUGGCAGCUGUCGUACAGCACAGACAAACAUGGGGCCAGUCUCAAGACUCUCUACAGGAAACUCCGCACCACAGAGUCACCUGUGCUGAUUCUCAUUAAGGAUCAUAACCAACAGGUUUUUGGGAGCUUACUCUCACAUCCGCUGCAUCCUAGUGACGCCUUUUACGGCACUGGAGAGACCUUCUUGUUUCUGUCUUACCCUCGCUUUAAGUGCUUUCACUGGACUGGAGAGAACUCUUUCUUCAUCAAAGGAGACUUGGACUCUUUUGCCAUUGGAGGAGGAAGUGGUCACUUUGGGCUGUGGGUGGACGAGAGGUUGUAUUUUGGCAGAAGCAGUCCAUGUUUCACCUUUAAUAACUGCAGCCUGUCCGAGACCAGUGACUUCACGAUUCUGGAGUUGGAGGCCUGGACAUUCGGAUGACACAUCAAAUGCUGUAAAUAAUCCAAAAACAUCAUGAUUUAGUUGACAAUAUGGCCAUUGAGAUUGAAGGGAAAGAAACUUACACUUUAUGUGUGAACAGUGAAUAUUCUGCCUGAAGGUUUGUAAAGGGAAGAGUUUUAUGUAGAUGGAUGGAAGCUCAAUGUACUUAUCUUACCACCAUGAUAAAGAAAACCUUCUGUUUGUCUUGUGAUUAAGAUGCAGCUGAGUCGAGUCCUGUGGAUCAGCCCACAUAUUCAGAAUGAAUGCACUUGCCUUCCCCAUACAAGAAAUUAUGCUAUUUUGUGCUAAAUUCUGUGACUGUGUGGGAGACAAGCUGUCCAAAUGACAGAAGAUUAUGUUAACUCUUCUGAGUGGCACAUGUGUUUAUGCUAGUAAGGUUGACUGUGGCACCUAAGUGCCAUCUGGUGGUACACAUCAUUACUGCAGCUCUGGUUACAGUGUGAAUAUUUAAGUAAUGAGGAACCUUUCCUAUCCAUGUUAAUUGCCUGUAAGUAGGCAUGUCCUGGUACCGAUACUGGUAUUGGUAUCGGGUCUGAUUCCGUGCUCAUGUACUGGUACUCCUACUCGUACUCAUAAAAAUGCUCAGACAUUCAGCCCACAAAUUAAAAUCAUGUUAUGUCCUAGUUAGAUUUAACUGCAAAAGCUGCGAUUUAAUGAGAUAAAUAUAGUUUGCGUGUAAUUCAAAUGUGAGUGCUUGUGAAUUUGUGGAGACAGUGUUGUGCUGACGCCAGCUGCUCAUAUAUUUUCAAGCUCCUCCUUGGCUUAUACUGGGAAAACACUGUCAUGAGCAUCACUUUGUUUGUAGCAGAUGACAGCAAACAUUGCGCAAAUUCACUUUGUAGCGUGAGGCACAUGCAGAGUACAUACUUAUUUAAUUAAACAGCCUUUUAUGGUUUAAUAAUCACUUUUAGUCACAUAGCGACCAGGUUAACCAGAGUAGGAAGCUGCCAUCAUAACAUCAGUGCUCUUCAAGGAGCUCUAAAAUACCCGAGCUUCUUGGUCAAAACAACACAGAAGCUCCGUCAAAAUAAAGCGAAAUUUAUAGGGAAAAAAGUAUGACAGCUGAAAUAUAUGUAAUAUUCACUGUAAUACUACUAAUAAUAAUAAAUCAGUAGUAAUUGUAUUAUACUUAAGCAGUAUCUAACAUCUGUGAUGCUCUGUUAUGCAGCACUUUAUUUGACAAAAUAUAACUCCAAUGUUGUAUUUUGGAUUGUGCUUUGAGGUCCUGUAUAUAAGCACUUCAUUUGAAAAAAAUAAUAAUAAUACAAUAUUAUGUUGGAAAUUAAUGGUUAUAUUUUCAUUUGAUUAAAGUUUUUUUGAUGAUAAAAUACCAAAAAUGAGUACCAAAGUAGAGUACCAAGUAUUAAGUAUCGGUACUCAUAAUCGUUCUCAAAAAAAUGGUAUCGGGACAUCCCUACCUAUAAGUGCAGGAUCAACUAUAUUAAGUGUCAUAAACAUUGGUAGUUGCAUUAGUUUAUAACCACAGCUGCACUUUUACACAUGGAAAAAGUUUCUCAUCACUCAAAACCAAACCAAGACAAAAAUUAAAUGACUAACCACACAUAAACCUCUUAGAGUUGCAUGCUGAUGUCAGAGAGACUUAUUUGAUUUUUUUUUUUUUCUUAGACAUCCACAUAGUCUUAAGUACGCUUGUGGAUGGUAUCUAACCUGUAGGUAUGCCUUUUACUGUAAAUAACUAUUAUAUUAGUGAUAACAUCAGUUCAAAUUGAUCUGUAUAGCACAUUCUCAUUAAAACUAAUUAAAAUUAUACAGUCAUACAAGAGUAAUGCAAUAUUUAUGCAUGUGAAAAUGAUGUCACUGUCAAAUCUACAAGUGUUCUUUAACUCUUAAUAAAAUAUCUGAUCAAUAAAAGUAA